UUUAUUAAAUAAUUAUAUGUGUGGCUCACAUUUUAUUAAAGAUGUAAAGAGUCACGUUAAUACAAAUACUCCAACACAAUGGACAUUACAAAUACUGCAUACAAAUGAUAUGCAUUCAAGGUUUGAAGAAACAAGUUCAGUCUUAAGCACGUGUACCCAAAGAGAUAAAGCUGAGAAGAAAUGUUACGGAGGUUUUGCCAGGAUUGCACAUUUAGUUCGAAAAUGGAAACAGUCUGCGUAUCCUACAUUAUUUCUCAAUGCUGGAGAUACUUUUCAAGGGACAGCAUGGUAUUACUUGUAUAAAUGGGAAAUUGUUGCCAAAUUCUUAAAUAUUCUGAAACCAGAUGUAAUUACUUUAGGUAAUCAUGAGUUUGAUAAUGGUAUUGACGGAUUACUUCCUUUUCUCAAAAACGCUUCAUUUCCUAUUGUGGUAUCCAAUCUCGAUCUAUCUGAAGAACCAGAAAUAGCAGCGAUAGUAAAAAAGAGUAUCGUCCUCAACGUAAAUGGUAGAAAAAUUGGAAUAGUUGGAUAUGUAACUUCAGAACCUGGAAUAGUACAUCCCACUGGCCGAAUCAUUGUUAAGAAUGAGAUUGAAUCAAUUAGAAAUGAGAUAAACAGGCUUAAGAAAGAAGAGGGCGUGAAUAUUUUCAUCGGUCUUGGUCACUCUGGUUAUGAAGUUGAUAAAAAGAUAGCAGCCGAAGUUGAAGAUCUAGAUUUAAUUGUUGGAGGUCAUUCACACAGUUUUCUCUCUAAUGGAAUUAAACUAGACAAAGAGAUACCAACAGGUUCAUAUCCAACUGCUAUCAAACAGAAAAAUGGAAAAAUUGUUUACAUAGUUCAAGCUUAUGAAUCUACAAAAUACAUUGGUAGACUCUUUGCAACAUUUGAUAAUGAUGGUAAUAUAAUUGAUAUUUUUGGUAAACCAAUGCUACUUGAUUACAAAGUACCACAAGCUCCCGAUGUUCUUCAAGAACUUGAAAAGUAUCGGCCAGGAUUGGAUGAAUUUAAAAAUAAACCAAUUGGAUAUAGCAAAGUUUUAUUAAUGGGUGAAAGAGACGUUGUUAGAAAACGAGAAAGUAAUCUAGGUAAUCUAAUAACUGAUGCUAUGAUUGAAUAUAAUUUAGAACAGUAUACAGGCCAUGAUGGAUGGACUGAUGCAGCUAUUGCUACUAUUAAUGGUGGAGCAAUUCGAUGCUCAAUUAAUAAGACAUCUGGUGAACCACUAACAUAUGAAGAUGCAAUUCACGCAUUUGCUCUCGGAAAUGUUAUAGGAAAAACUAAAUUAAAAGGAUGGCAGAUUGUACAAAUGUUGGAACAUAGUGUAGCGCAACAUGAAAUAGGUCGAAAUGAUAUCCAAUAUUCAGGACAAUUUUUACAUUUCUCUGGACUUCAAGUAACUUAUGAUCUAACACAACCUGUUGGUUCACGAGUAUUGUAUCGAAAUGGAGUUCUUAUUCGAUGCUCUAAAUGUUUGGAGCCAAAAUAUUAUAAAUUACACUUGAACAGGACAUAUACAAUCAUUAUGGAUACAUUCCUUUACGGUGGAGGUAAUGGUUACACAAUGAUCAAAACUGAGAACUCAACAUGGACAUCUUUAGAUGUUCCUUUGGAUAUAGUGUUAGCAAAAUAUGUAGAAAAAACAAAAUAUUACAUUCAUGCAGAAUCUAACAAGAGAAUCAAAUUCUAUUCUCCACAACGAACAAGUGUCAUUCGCAAAAAUUCACCAUGA